CCUCCUCUUCCCCAUUGUUCCCCUCCACGGCGACUGCUCACCCUCCCGCCUUCCUUCCCUCGACUCUGCCCACCUGGCAACCAUGGGCAGCGACUCAAAGAAGGAGAAGAAAUCCAAAAAGUCCAAGAAGGAGAAGCGAGACAAGAAGAAAAAGAGAGACAAAAAGAAGAAGGACAAGAAGGCCAAAGAUCACAAGAGCAGCCGGAGCCGCGAGCAUCCAGACAAUGAUCGCCCCAGCUCCCGUCGCUUCUCCGAGCCCGUAGCUGCAGCAGGAUCGUCUUCCUCUUCGGAUGACAGUGCAUCUGACUCGGAUCGAGAGAUGAGAGCGGCUCGACGAGGUAUGGAGCGUCCUCAGCCGCAGGCGGCUCCCUUGGGCGCUCAACGAGACACCUGGAUGGCUGGAGAAACCGAUGAUCCGUUCGAGCAGCUCUUUGCUGGUCCGUCCAAGCAGGAUGCUGCUCCCGCCCUGGAUACGCCCAAAGUCGAUCUCAAUUCGGCCCGUAUCUCGCGGGAACUGAACCCAGACAUCAAGCAGCAUCUGGCCACUGGAAAGGACCUCGACUCACUCUCAGUUGCAACCAGCCGCUCACAACCACGAUUCCGAAGGCCCGAUGACUCGGCAGACUUGCUCAACCAGGGCGAUUCCCAGCCUCCAACGGGCUCCAAGCGAUCCCGCAGCGACGACGGCGACGGCAGCAGUGGCAUCAGUGGCUUCAAGAGCACCUUUGCUCAGUCCCAGCUGCUCUCGAUCCCCACUCUCCAGGCGGCCCAGUCGGACCAGCAGCAUUCGCAAAAGAAGCAGCGUCGUGCCUUGUCCUUGGACGAGCUCAACAAACUCAAGUCAAAGGCUCUACAGGCCAGCAUCAUGGACGAUCCCCGCGCGGCUGAGAUUGAGGAGGAGUACCAGCGAGAAAUGGCCAGGUUCGAGCUGGAAAAGUCGCAGCCAGCGGCCGAGCAGGAGGAUGAUCUCACUUUGCCGAUGGUCGAUUCCGAGGGCCGUUUCAACGUGUGGAUGAACGAGUCUCAGAAGGAGCCCUCGGGCCAGGCCCAGCACAAGCGCAAAUCACAGCCCCUCGUCGACGACCAAUCGACUCUCUCGCAGAUGGUGCUCGAGGAGAGACUCAAGACAGGCAUGAGCUAUGAUGCUGAGAUUGCGCAUCAGAUUUCCAAGGAUGCCUUGUUCAAGAACGAUCUGGACUACUACGACGAUCGCGCCGACCGCAUGGCACAGACAGUGAAAAAGUCCCAGGGCCAGAUGAAGCUUGCGGCCAUCACAGAUUACAAGAAAGCACAGGCGGCGCAAGAAUCGUGCAAAUAUUGCUUCAAAGAUGGGAACAAGCCGCUUGUGGACGUCGUCGCACUUGGAACCAGAGUGUACCUUGGGCUUCCUCCUCACGUCGACAUGAUGCCCGGCCACUGUCUGAUCGUUCCUCUGGACCACAUCAGCACCACGCUCCAAUCCGACGACGAUACCUGGGACGAGAUCAGGAACUUUAUGAAGUGCUUGAUCCAAAUGUUUGCCAAGGAAAAUCGCCGUGCGAUAUUUCUGGAGCAAGUGACGUCUCUGAGGGGCCAUCGCCACACAGUCAUUGAGUGCCUACCGCUCUCGGUCGAGGUGUGGGAGGAUGCUCCAGCCUACUACAAGGAAGCCCUCUUGAGUGCGGAGGAGGAAUGGAGCCAGCAUCCCAAGGUUAUCGAUACCAGCAAGAAUGGCUUCCGCAAAUCGCUUGUCAAGAAUCUGCCGUACUUCCAUGUCUGGUUCGACCCGAACCGAGGCAUGGGCCACGUCAUUGAAGGCGAAGACUGGCCACCGUGGUUCGGAAAGGAGGUGAUUGCCGGCGCCAUGGAUAUCUCUCAUGACCGCUGGAGAAAGCCCAAGCGACAGACGCCACAAGAGGCUGACACCAAACUUGCUCGCUUCCAGAGCAAAUUCAAAGAGUUUGACUGGACAGCGAUGCUGGAGUAAGGGUGGCCUGUACAAAUACACACCGUCCGUUCCAUGGGUCGCCGCGAUAGAUUGUACUUGACGGCGGGCAGCAGUGGUAUUUUGGUGAUCGUGCCUAC